AUGUCCGUCUCAUUGUGGGCAUCCAGGCGGACAUUUGGCACGAAAACGAAAGCUGGCGAGAAAGCGGGGCCAAGCAACCUAUACAAAGCAACACCAGACGAGGUUUUAGAAAAUCUGCUCGACAGAAUUAAGGAUGUUCAAGUAUUUAGUAUUGUUACUGAAUCGGAGAACCACGAAAAAAGCGUUACACAAAUGUUGGAGAAACCAAAUGUUAUUGAAUCAUUGAUGAAUAAUUUACAUGAAACAACAAAUCGUUUAGCAACUGAUCACGACUUAAUGUUCACAUAUCGAGACGCUCAACAGGCAAAAUCGAAUCCAUCGUUACAACAACAUGGUGAUUCCUUUCUAUUACAAUUAUACACUGACGGCGCAGGUAUCACAAAUCCAAUCGGGCCAAAGAAAAACAAGCAUAAACUCUCAUUUUAUUAUUUUUUGUUCGAAGAUUUACCGGACAUAACACGUUCGAUGUUACAAUCAAUUGGUUUAGUUGGAUUAUGCUAUACAGAAUAUUUAUCAACAAAAUUAAAUCGCACAAAAUUUUUCGCACCAAUUAUAGAAGAUUUAAAUGCAUUGCAAACAUCCGGUCUUAGUGUUAAAACAUUUGAUGGUACAUUACAUUUUGCAUUUAGCACUUUAUCGGGUGACCAUUUGGCAUCGAACGAGAUUGUUAUAUUUUAUGAUAUUAUUGAGCAACUUAAAACGUUGGAAUUAUAUAUUGGAUUAAGAGAAAUAAUCAGUCAUGUUUAUGCAAUGCCAUUUGGUCAAAGCUGGCUAGAAUAUUUCAAUUUUUUAACAACAAGAUUUCAAUGUUUAUUUGUUAAUAUGCUGCCAAAUAAAGUUAUACCAAAGGUUCAUUUUGUUACGGAUUACGGACGAUUAAUUAAUUUAUGUGGGCCACCGAUCCGCUAUUGGUGUAUGCGAUUUGAAGCCAAACAUCUGUACUUCAAACAAAUCACAUUGCGUUCAUUUAAUUUCAAGAACCCGUCUUUAACGUUAGCUAAGCGAUAUCAAUUACGUCAAUGCUUAUUAUUAUUAAGCGCAAAUUAUCACAAUUUUUUGGAUGAAAAUUAUUCAACAAAAAUUAUUGAAUAUACGCAAUAUCUUGAAUGUAAAACAUUGAUACAUAAACAUGUGAAAUUCUCGAAAGAAUCGGUUUUUAUUGAAAAAGUAAUCGAACAGGAAGAUGUCCCGGUUUUUAUUCGUAUAUUAUUUAUAUUAAAAAUUCGAGGUAAUUGGAAGCUAGUUAUUGAGCACUUACGUACGAUAUGGUUUAAUGACAAAUUAUGGUCUUAUCAAAUUCAAUAUACACAAAUACUCUCGAUCAUCGAUCCAGAACAAUGUUUAUCCGUCUUACCACAUGCACAUGAUAUUUAUGACGUUAAUGAAGUACCUUUUGUUAAUAUUUUAUCAUGUGUAACAAGUGAAGAAGCCGAUGGAGAAACAGUAUUGUUACUUCAAGAGAAUGAAAUACUACAAAUAUUCCCAAAAUUAAAAGAUCGUGUUAAAUUUAAAAGUGAACGUCAGUUGUUAUUUGGUAAUACUUAUGCGACCGAUCGUCAAAGCCAACAGUUACAACAACUUCAUUUAGUUUCGACUGAAUUCGAGCAACCUUUACAUAAAAACGAUAAUAUACCAGCAACAGGACAAAUUUUAACGAUUGGGUUCAUCGACGGUGAAGAUUUUCUAUCUGACAAUAGUGUUACUGUUACCACGGUGGAGACGAACGAAAAUGAUCAAGAAAGCGAUAUAGGUAUUAAUAACCAAACAAAUAUUAAUAUACAACCAUUAUCAAGUGAUUUUAAAAUAUUAACAAUACCGCGAAAAGUACAACAAAUCAUUGAUAAUAAUGAUUUAAUAAAGCUAGCUGGUCAUACAAAUCAUCGUCGCAUGUUACUUGAAGCCGUCUAUAAUGAUUUAAUAACAAGCUAUGGCUUGCUUUAUCCAAACCAAAGAGAUUAUACAGUCAUAACACAAGCCAUACUCAUCGCCCUGAUUAUCCCAAUAACAAACGAAGCAGCUAUGGUGUAUGUGAAUAAAAUAGACGACGAAGAAGGCGUUAGUAUGAUUCAAUUAAUGAAAGACGAACUGCACAGUGACCUACCAGCUAUUGAUACAUUAAAGUCUGUGUGGAAGAAAACAUUUGCUAUUCGACGGAUUUUUAUUCGAAAUCACACAAUACAAGAAGUAUUGUUAGAAUACCCUGCUUAUACAUAUCCAUGA